AUGGCACGCAGCGACGGCGAUCUCGUCAGCAUCGAGCGCUCCCUUGGCCUGAAAUCCGAUCGUGGAAUUUCGCGCCAAGGUAACAAGGACAGUCCCGUGGUCCAAGAUCUCCUCUCCGAUAUCAAGGUCAUCGCGGAACAAUACGUCUCGAAACCAAAUACCGAAAUCCGAUCUUCCGCCUCGCUGGAGAAAGCCUCUCUGGAUUUGUUCUCUCGCUACGGUCCGAUUCUCUGGCCGGAUUUUGGCGAUGACGAACGACCGAACUGGCUGGAAACUCCCAGUCUGGAGAAAUAUGACGGUCGGUAUCCGAAGGACUUGCAUUAUUCGGAUGAACCAGAUCGGCAGACACUCACCGAGCUCUUCCAUGAUCUUGUUGUGGAGAAGUGUGUGAAGUAUCAUGACAAUCAAUUACAGAAAGCGCGACGCAUUGCUCGCAGGAGCGAGAUGGAGCCGAUGGACCAGAUGCAGGAUGAUGUUCAUGGGCAGGCCCUGCCCGCCUUCAGCACUCAAAGUGUGGAAUGGUCGGACCGAAAUAAUGCAGAGCGAGUUGGCUCCCAACCAGCUGAACCAUACCUCCCACAUGGGUUGCCAUUCGGAGGGUCGUCUAGCAAUCAAGACAAUGGUGAAGGCUCCACCACGCCCGAGUCAGGAUCCGACACGAGAACCAAGAAUCAGCGUCUGCAAGAUUAUCGAGAGGAAAUGGCAAGGAUGGAUCAAUCAUUCACGGUCGCAUCCAUCGAUCCGCCUCGAGCUGGCGUGAAGCGACGACGAAUCGACGGACAUGGGCCAGAGGCCGCAUCAAAGCGAGUGCGUGAGAAUGGCGGUGCAUCAACACCGCCAAAAACUUCGAUUGACGGCAAUAAACAGGUCAAUUCGGAGUCCUCCGCUCAUCCACAUCCCAAGGAAGCACCGCCAGUUCCCGGCGAGAAGGAGUCGCAAGAUGUUUCUGCCACGCAAAGGACAGCGGAAGCACAUGAAACGGCUACCGCUGGCGUCGCGAGCUCUGCAGAUCCUCAAGCAGAUGCCGCCGUCAUUCAAUUGAUAGAUGCAUUCGAUGAUGAAGAUGACAACGCCAAGUCGCCAGCUGCUCCGCCAUAUGAGACGCCAGUGCCGUCAGCACUGUCUGCAAUGCCGGCGCCGGACAAUACGCCUCUGACAAACAUAAGCCCGCCACCACCACGGCGCUCGUCCGGAUUCCAGGCGAUUAAUUCAAUUAACGAUGCUGCGCAAAAGGGCGUUCCAAAGGAGACCCCACAACGCCAAAGCCCUGCCACAGAGCAGCUUGAUGCGGUCCAUAGGAGAGAGCCCUCUCCAAUGCAGCAACGUCGCAUGUCAUUACCCACGGCUGGUCCUCCAGUCAAUCCACUCCUCGAUAUUUUCCCUGGACGCAGAGCGCAGCCUACUGCCAGUCCGGCGUCUCCGCUCACCAUCAUACCAGUCGCUGAAGCACGCGGCGGGAAGAGUCCUGAACAACGACUGAAUAAUGGUGAAAUGCUACGGCCAAAGCCACCAGUGGAAUCUGGCAUACGACGUCACACAGCGACGGAGCCUAACAGCACUUCUGCUUUGUCUCCGUCAUCUGCCGCCGUCUCGCCUCGCACCGUGGUCCGACCUCUGAGCAAUCUCCCUCCACGUGCUGUGCCUUUACAACGCCCGCAUCAUCUGCCGUCAUCACCUGCCACGCAACUAUACCACUUUCCUUCGUCAUCCCAGCAAGGCGCUCAACAACUCUCGCAAAGUCCGCCCACCUAUCCCAACCAAGGCCGUUUGAUUCCACAGCGGCCUCUUGCCAACCCUCGACAAGUCUCAUCUCCUCCAAACCUACCUUUCAUCACUUCCGGCCUGCCUUCUCACGGCAGACGCCAAAGCCUAGCCGAAGAAAUCCUCGGCGACCUCGCCAAAACUCCCGUGGUCGCCCAAAUGAUGGCCGCCAACACUGACCUCGACGCUCAACAACUCCGCAACCUCAAAGACAAACUCACCAAAUAUCCCGAAGCCCGCGUCGACAUCAACAUCCUGCUUGCCCGAAUGAGCGCUCCCUCGGAUCCGCCCACUCCCAACAGUAGUAGCAACACCCCACGACCCUCUCUUGCAAGUAGACAAGGCGGCCCACCAACCCUUGUCUACUCACGCCGCGCUUCAAGCGGUACCGGACACUACUACGCCCCCAUCCAUCCUCCCGGUCCAAUUCCCAUUCCCAGACCCGUACCCUCAAACCCCAUGGCACCCUUUCCGCCGAAAGCCCACGACCUCACUCAAAUCUAUCCCCUCCCUUUCCCCAACGUCACCGUCGAACUCAAAUGGGGUCUCACAACCCUUGACUUCAGCGAUUACAUGGAACUACGAGACUUUUCCACAACGAGAGAGUUCUUCGCUCUCAUUGACGCGCAUAUUCCCGAGGAGAUUGCCCGACUCGGUAAGAAGAUCAAAGAAAUACGGGUGAAAAGUCAGAAGGACUUGGGUAAUGAGAAGUUGCUGCCGAGGAUUGUGAGGGAUGAGGUCAGAGGACGGGCGGCGAUUCGGCAGUUGGUGAAGAUUUUGAGGGGAGUGGGGAGGGAGGUGGAGGUCGAGUUGGCUUUUGUUGUGUUGUGGGAGGAGGCUGGGAGGGAAAAAUGA